AUGGCUCCUCCGCCGGAGUAUGAUAAGGAACCAAAAGCCCCAGAUAAAAGUGUCACAAAUUUAUCUGCCGACGACUCGAAAAUUUCAUACAACCUUGUUAAGGAACAGCAAAGUAAUUCGGACCAUAAAUCUUCUAAUGCCACAGCAAACGCCGAAAUCGAGGAGGAUAACACAACUGUUGGAGGGGAUCAAGCACCAUUUGCAUCCCAUGCAGUUGCGAAGACUAAAAAUAAGAAUUUAAAUAAAAAUAACUUGAUGAUAACCUUAUGCAUUUGUCAGCUAAGCGUCUUAGAGAAAAACCAGACGAAUAUCCAAACUGGGCUUUGUCUUACCGAGAAGGCAAAAGCAGUCUUUUCAAGGAGCUGCUGGAGGAGGUGGAACAGGACGAGCAGGCGUGCGAAGCGGCGGCGCGGUGUGCGGGGGGGUGCGGGGGGCUCUGGAGGCGCAGCGGGCGCUCGCGGCGCGCGGCGCGGCGGUGCGCACGGGCGACGCGCGCUGCCGCACUCCAACUCGCUGCAGGACCUGAUGGCGGCCGCGCUCGCCGCGGAGGCGCCACGACAGCGCGCGCACGCGCACCCGCCGCCCGCCAGCGUCUCUGCGCGCGCGCACCAUGGCGGCAGCCUGCCCUCCGGCGUCGACACAUCGUCCAUGCUGAGUGAGGAACCGACGCGCGGUGGAUACCUAGCGACGGUGCGCUGUGUCAACCCUCCACCGCUCGCGGAGAGACGCGUCUCCGCGAGCGACGCGAACGGACCACCAGACCCCGACACUAGCAGAAGGAGUAAGCCUAUGUUCCCAAUAACAUACACGGCGCGGGCGACACUCGAGAUCGGGAGCAGCAGCGUGUGUUCCGGCCGAGCCGUCACCACCACAACGCCAUCCAAUCAGGUGCGUACAACACCUAGCGCGAACGCACGUUCCAACAAACGCUUCCAUCAUAACAGGAAUCUUCAUCGUCAUCAGAUCGCAGACCUGGCCGAGAGCCGAGGACCGGUGACGUGCGGCCCCCCGGAUAGAUUAUACACGAAGGCUCGCUUAUAUAACCCAGAGAUAAGAAGCCAGGCGAGGUUAAUGAAUGCAUUGCGACCUAAGGCAUAUUCUAUUGACGAAACAGUUAAAUUGGAAGCAAAAACUAAUACGGCAGAUGUAUCAGAUAUAUCACGCGAUCUCAAUGAAUCUCUUUCACAACAUAAAGAGUUUUUUUGUGCAAAUAAUACAUACGAAACUAAGCAAAAACAAUCAGUAGAAAAGUAUAUGAAUUCGGAAAUGUGGAUAAAGAAUGUCCAGAAUUGGUAUAAAGGCUUAGACAAUUAUUUUUUGCCUUGUAAUACAAUGCAAGAUCAUUAUAAAAAUAAUAAAACUGUAGAAAAUCUACAGGAUUUUCAAAAAAUGGGAACUUUUGUUACCAAUAGCGUUUAUAACACAUACACGAACACUUUGACCCUAUUUCCAUCAAAACAAAAUUUACAGAAAUUUGAGAUAAAACCUAGUACAAGUGCAACAAAGAAAGUAAAAAUAUUAACAAAUAAACACGAAAAUAAAAGUUAUCACCAAAGAGCGAAAAAUAAUACCAAACUUGAACCAAAUUCCGAAAUUUGGUGUGAUAUUGAAUCAAGGAACAGUUAUUACAAUAACAAGAUAGAGAAAAACUUAAUCAUCCCAACUCUAUCCUCAAACAACCCCAGAAAUUUUAGAUGCACAACAAUCGGCAAAAUUAUAAAAAAAUCUUUUGAUUUCACUGAAAAAUCUGAAAUGAAUGAUAUUUCUUCAACCGAAACCGACUAUAAAGAAAAAAAAUUAUGUAUGAUUCAAAAGAAAGUAUUAAAUAAUCAAAAACCAGAAAUAUCUUUUACAGCUACAGCACAUAAUAAGGAAAUGGUUGAUGAUCGUUUGAAAAACAUUUCAAAGAACAAUGAACAACCUCAAAACACAACCAAAGAACCAGGACACGGUAAUGUUUUUGUAUUUAACGAAAUAACAAAAGCUUGUAUAAACUCUCUUCAAUCCAAUUCUGAUGUAGAAAUGGUUAAUUUUAUCUCCAAUGACGCCAUAGGCAAAAGUACGUUUUCACAAUUUGUAAAUGACCAACAAAAAUUAUUCCAACUAUUAGAAGAUGAGUGUAUUAAAUCUGAUCCUGACAAAGCUAUUAUCACUGAAAACAAAAUUAUAGAAGAUAUCAGGAAAAAUCAGAUUCCAGAUUUCGAUUAUAAGUCAGCAGAGAUUGUUUCAACAAACACUAUCAAAGAUAACAUUGAAUCUUCAAAAACUAUAAGUGAUAUUGUGUGUAAAGUGGAUACGAAUCAAAAAAUUGAAAACGCAAAACUACAAAGUGAUAGUCAACAGAUACAGGACUGUGUGGCUGAAGAAAUAUAUGAUUUAGAACCAUUGCAUAAUACUUAUAUCGCUUUAACACUUCCAGUUAGUUUUCUUUCAUCCCCUACUAACACAAACAUAGGAAACUCUACACGCUUAAUUAACGUUAAUAAUAAAGAUCUGAUCCCUAAAGAAAAAAAUGAUAAAUUAGAGAAAACUAGUGAUCUUAACUCGGAACAAAAGUUAAUGAAGAGAUCUAAAGAUAAUAAGAAGGCCAGAAAAUCGGCAUUUACUGUACUUCUAUUCAAGAAUCUGUUUCAAAGAGCAGACAGUUUAUUAUCUGACGUACAAGUGAUAACUCCUAAUUACACUAAAGAGGUCGAUUCCACGAUACCGUUUAGUUGCAUCACAACACCGGAGGUUGUGGCUAGUUGCAACACGACGUCAUCCACUUCACAAUCGGCCGUCGCUGUCGACCCCAAGCCGUUGCAGCAGUUGCAGCCGGGCUCGUGCUACCGCGCGCUGACGAGCCUGACGGGCGAGCCGGCGCCGCGGCUCGCGACCGCCGCCGCACCCGCGCCCGCGCCCCACACCCCGCAAACACCCGCAGAGGCGCCUACUCCGACCGCCGAGUUGCAACAACAGUCUCGCAGCGUGGUAUCGAGCAGUUUCAACGGACUACCCCUGACCAGGCCGAGCUACGGGUCGACCACAGCCGCAACCGACGACUGUAAGAAAUCACUAGACGAAAACGGCAAUGCGGUACAGGGAUUCAGCUCGCCUCUAUCCGGAUCUAGUCAACAUAAAAAACCAAGGAGGAAAAAGUCUUCCAAAAACGAGACCGUAAUCAAGUCGCAGGAGAUCGACGGCUAUCAAGGCAACAAGGAUCUCAACGAAGUGUUGCGUUUCAUCGAGUCGAACGCAGACAGCGCGCGCGGCAACAAAAUUGGGCGCGCGAAACACAAGGACGACUCCGACGACAAAGCUAGCAAGAAGCGUUCCACGGACCGUCGCAAGGAUAAAGAAAAUAAGAUGAAGCGCGCAACCUCCAUGGAGGAGCUGUCUCGAACGAAGCUAUCGGAUCUCACGGACAAGCCGGUGCCGCGAACUGAGCCCGUGAAAGCUGAGCGGCGUUCGUGGGGGGAGGACGCACGGGAGCCGCGCGACACGUUCUACCUGCGCGACGACACCGAGCUGACCGACUUCCAGACCGUCACCAAGAAGCGCAAGCCCAAGCGGCGCCCCGACGAGCCGGAGCCGAAUCGACGCACGCGCGCGCCCGAACCGCGCCCGCGCCGCGAGUCCGCGCCGCCCUCCGACCGCAGCAACGACUCCAACGACGACAUGGACUCGCUGCACUCGCUAACCUCGCUGCCACCCGCGCCCACACCCGCCGCGCCGCAGCCCGCGCACGCCUCCUACGCGGACAUCGCACGCACACGCCACAACAUACCCGACCUCAUCGAGUCGUGCAACUUCUACGCCGAGGGCGAGCCCGCGGCCGACCCUAACCGUCGGGACCCGCCGCCCGAAACCCAAGCGCCCGGGGACACAGACUAUCCGGCGCUGGACGCACGCACGAGGAGACGCGACAAAACGGCACCUAGGCAGCCCCGAAAAGAGCGUCCAGAAGCACGCGCGGGCGCCUGUCCCGCCCCGGACGUGGUGUCGGACCGACGGCCGGCCGUCAUGCUGCUGGACUGCGCGUCGCGGCCGCGCGACAUGGACGGCGUGACGUUCGGGUUCGACAUAAACGAGCAGCUGGUCGGGGCGGCGCGGCGGCCGCGCUGCGACUUGGUGCGCGACGCGCUGGAGGGCGCCGUAGCCGUGGCGGCGGGCGGCGCCGCGCUGCGAUACGUGCCGCCGCCGCUCGCCGCGCACGACGCGCGUCGCGCCCACCAGCUGAAUCAGCUCGUGCACUACGUCGGCGCAGCUUGGGAAGAUGUGGUGCGAUGUGGUAAUGGCAAAGUACGUUACUUUAGCGAGUAG